CUAUCACUUAUGUUUCUUGUCUCGUUUAUGUAAUUAAGAAGGAAAAAAAAAAAAAAACUAAAAAGCAAUUAUUUAUCGUUUCAGACUUAUUAUGGCGUGGAUGUGAAUGCUAUCACCGACCCUGUCCGUCAGAAAGCGUUAAAGACCAUGAUAGAAACGUAUGGUCAGACUCCACAGCAACUGUUUAUAUAUCCUCAUAGCUCUCGGCCACCGCGGAAACCGCAAUCUAUCCCACCCGGGGAAGGGAGUUCUUUGGUCUCUCUUAAUACUCGCAAGUUCCUAGAUGCUGACCCGUACAGUGGACCUCUCAUGAGCCGGCUUUCAACAUCGUUCUCAUCUGAUUCCGGGACUAUUGUGGGAAGUACCGCUGACACGAUUACUGAGAUUUCAUCGCCGUUGAACACAGUCGAGGGCCUUAAAUGGGGGCAAUACGUGGGCUCCCCGGCUCUAGGUGCCCCAGCGGUGGGCUUCUCACAAACGCUCAACACAUCAGUACGUUCGCUAGUCUGCCUCAAGAAUGACAAUGUGUUCGUGCUGAGCCACAACUCCACACUAAUGACCGUGCACCAGGGCUGGAGACGGGAUCCUCGGCCAGCCCCGCUCUCGUUUAAAGUUGGACAGCUACGGGUCCAGUGA